AUGGAGUCUGCAAAUUACACCAGGGUGACAGAAUUUGUUCUCAUUGGCCUAUCUCAGACUCGAGAGGUGCAAUUAGUCCUAUUUGUUCUAUUUCUAUCCUUCUAUUUGUUCAUACUUCCAGGGAAUAUCCUUAUCAUUUGCACCAUCAGGCUUGAUCCCCACCUGAGUUCUCCCAUGUACUUCCUGCUGGCUAAUCUGGCCUUCCUUGAUAUUUGGUACUCUUCCAUCACAGCUCCUAAAAUGCUGGUGGAUUUUUUUGUGGAAAGGAAGAUCAUUUCCUUUGCUGGGUGCAUUGCUCAGCUAUUUUUCUUGCACUUUGUUGGGGCCUCAGAGAUGUUCCUGCUCACAGUGAUGGCCUUUGACCGCUAUGCUGCCAUCUGCCGCCCCCUUCACUAUGCCACCCUCAUGAACCGACAUCUCUGCUCUAUCCUGGUUGCUCUUUCCUGGACCGGGGGCUUCAUUCAUUCCAUAAUCCAGGUGGCUCUCAUUGUUCGACUCCCUUUCUGUGGUCCCAAUGAAUUAGACAAUUAUUUUUGUGACAUCACGCAGGUAGUCCGGAUUGCCUGUACCAACACCUUCCGGGAGGAGUUAGUGAUGAUCUUCAGCAGUGGUCUAAUCUCCGUGGUGUGUUUCAUUGCUCUGUUAAUGUCCUACGCCUUCCUUCUGGCCAUGCUCAAGAAACACUCAGGCUCAGGUGAGAGUUCCAGCAGGGCUGUGUCCACCUGCUAUUCCCACAUCACCAUAGUGGUGUUGAUGUUUGGGCCAUCUAUCUACAUUUAUGCUCGCCCAUUCAACUCGUUUUCUCUAGAUAAAGUGGUGUCUGUGUUCCAUACUGUGAUAUUCCCUUUACUUAAUCCCAUCAUCUAUACAUUGCGGAACAAGGAAGUAAAGGCUGCUAUGAGGAAGUUAGUCAAUAGAUAUAUUUUAUGUAAAGAGAGGUGA